AUGACAGAUAAAAGAAUUGACAAAUAUAUUUUUAAUGUAAAAGAUAGAAUUGGACAAGGAUCUUAUGCUGAAGUCUAUAGAGGAACCAAUGAAAAAACUGGGGAGAAGGUAGCUAUCAAGAUGUUGAGUAAAUCAGUAAUAAAUUCAGAUGAUUAUUUAAGGGAAGGACUUAUUCAAGAAAUUAAGAUUAUGCAAAAAUUAAAGAGUCCAAAUAUUGUGACUUUGUUGGAUGUCAUGGAAACAAACAAUAAUUAUUACAUUGUAUAAGAAUACUGUGAUGGAGGCGAUUUCGAUGAACUUCUGAAGAAACGAAAAUUACUUUCUGAAAAAGAUGCAAUCAAAUUCUUGGUUGAUGUACUUAAUGGUUUCACACAACUUAUAAAAAAUGGUAUUAUUCAUAGAGAUCUUAAACCUGCAAACAUUUUAAUCGACAAACAAUCCUAUAAAUUGGCUGACUUUGGUUUCGCUAAGUGUGUGGACAAUUUCAAGAAAACUAUGAUGGCUUCCAUGGUUGGAACUCCACUUUAUAUGAGUCCUCAAAUUUUAGAUCACAAAAGGUAUAACUCUAAAACUGAUGUCUGGAGUAUAGGAUUCAUCUUUUAUGAAGCCUUAUUUGGAAAGACACCUUGGACAGCCAGAUCGCCUGCUGAACUCUUAAAAAACAUAAGAACUUAGCCUUUAAAAUUCCCUACUGAUAAAAAUUAAGUUUCCCAAGAAACCCAAGAUUUGAUAAUCGGGUGUUUAUAAGCAGAUGAGAACAAGAGAUUGUCAUGGGAAGAAAUCUACAAGCACCCUGCUGUAUCCCAAUACUUUACUGAUUUUAUUAAAGGAAAUAGUAAAUUAGAGGACAGAGCUCAAUAUUUAAUUAAUGAUAUCAGACAGAUGAUAUGCAAAGAGAAAAUAGAUAUCCACAAAUUAUUUGCAGAUUUGGAUAUGUCAAAAGAUAAAGCUCUAGAUGUUAAUGAGUUGGGAAAGUUCUUGAUGAAAGUAGAUAAAGAUAUCACCAGAGAGGAGAUCGAAUAUAUAUUUAAUAAAUUUGAUGACGAUGGCAACAAUCAAAUCGAAUUUGAAGAAUUUAAAAAGUGGCUUGAAGAUAACUAAAUUAUUACUAAUGGGAAUGCUUAACAAUAAUAAAGAAAUGGAGGAUCUCAUAAAAAAUUAUCUAUAUUACCACAUUAAUUAAAAUCCUAAGGUUCUAUUGAAGAAAGAGCUAAUUAUGUUAUUGAGAAAUUAAAAUUGUCAAUCUAAAAAUAUAAAAUCAACUUGUUAGAUCUCUUUAAAAAAUUUGAUAAAUCUGCUGAUCAGAGAUUGGAUAAAAAUGAAAUGGGAUAAUUGCUAAAAAGAAUAGAGCCUAAUAUAACUCAAGAAGAAAUAAUUGCUUGUUUCGACUUUUUUGAUGAAAAUGGCGAUGGAGAAAUUACUUUCUAAGAAUUUUAAACAAGUUUAAGCGAAGAAGUAGGAAAAAAAAGAUAAAGCAUAGAUAAUCACUGA